AUGCUGUGUCUUUAUAUCUGGGGUUCCAGUUGGGGACUUCCCUCUAUUGAUCCUGCAUGCUUAUCAGUCAUUUCAUACUUACAACUUGUUUCUGACGAAUGGAAAGUCAUUGAAUGCAGUAACCCAAAUGUUUCGCCAACAGGUGAACUUCCUAUAUUAAAAGAUGGUCUGAAUUGGAUCACAGGUGUUCAUAACAUAAUAAACCAUCUAAAGAAAAAUGGUUUAAAUGCGGAUGAAAAUUUAACAGACAAACAUAAAGCCGAUAGCCUGGC